GUUUACUUGUAUUUGUUUUUUAUCAAUCAAUCGCAUCAACCACCUCUCUCCAUUAAUACAAUGUCGAACCAAGGUUACUACAACAAUCAACAACCCCAAUACGGUGGCCAACCUCAAUACCCUCCCAAUGCUUAUGGAGGACCACCACCGCAACAAGGCUACUAUCAACAAGGCCCUCCACCUCAACAAAUGCAAUAUCAACAACAACCUCCUCCAAAGAGUUCCGGUGGUGGACAAGGCUGUCUCGGUGCUUGUUUUGCAGCUCUCUGUUGUUGUUGCGUAAUGGAAGAAGGAUGUGAACUCUGUGUUGAAUGUGCCGAAUGUUGUUAGAGCAAAUCGCUGUCAAACCCACGCAUUCUCCGCUACUAUUCAUCCAUAUAAACGCCAUCUCGAAAUUGCCUAAUCCACUGGCGCCUCAGCACAUCUCCAAUUCCAGUAUCGUGAUUCAAUCGAACAAAUCGACGGCUUUAUACUUGCCCAUAAUGUUUUCCCUUCCCGCAAGCCAGCAACGAUACAACGCCCUCCAAAGUCCUAACUCGUUUUCCAAAAUCAAAUCACCUUGUUCAUAGAUUCAUAUGAUUGAAGUAACAAAUUCGGCUUUCCCACGCAUUUUUCCUUCCUCUCACAUAUCCCCCCUUUUCGUGUUCUUACAGGUCUACGUCUCUCUUCGAAUGGAUCACAG